UAUUUUUCAAACAGGUACACGCCACAGAAGGUGGAGCUGAACUACAAGCUGAUACCGUUUAUCCCUGACUACAUCCCUGCGGUAGGCGACAUAGACGCCUUCAUAAAAAUUCCCAGGCCGGAUGGAGUGGAGGACAAAAUAGGAUUGACCGUUCUGGACGAACCGUGCACCAAUCAAUCGGACCCAGCCGUGUUGCAUCUCCAGUUACGCAGUCACAUGAGAAGUGCAGGUGCAGCCAGGCAAACGGUAGUGAAGCGAAUCGAGGACGCCGAGAAGAACGUAAAGUCCAUCGACAAGUGGAUCGACGACAUCAAUCAGCUUCACAGGAGCAAGCAUCCACCGGAUGUUCAUCUGACGAAACCUAUGCCCGAUAUCGACGCUUUGCUCCAACAGUGGCCAGCUGAGGUCGAAGAGAAACUGAACGAAAUGGACUUAGAUUUCGCGCAACUGGACUGCGAGCUACCGCAACUCGUCGACGUUGUUUGCAACCUCUUGGACAUUCCUGCCAAGGAGGGCUCGCGGUUGGAAGCGCUUCACACGCUCUUCACGCUUUACUUGGAAGUACGAAACGCUAGAGCUCACAAGUAUUGAAACACCAAAGAAAUGAAAUGAAU